AGGCUUUUUUUUUUAUGAAGGGAUACUAGAAGAAGGGGGGUUUGAAUAAUCUGAAGUGCACAUGCUACCUGGGCAUAUCAGUAGAAAUGUGGAGCUCUGAAUAUUAGUUUGUACUGAGGUUUUUUGUCUCCGACUUGCACAAUGCCAUUAGAAAUAAUGGAUCAACGGGGUUUGUCACCGUCAUCUUUCUUUUACGAGGAAAUCCGAUUUCCUGCUGAGAGACACGUUGGAUUUUGGAAAUCUGAAAGCAUGCCUGAUCAACAUGGAGUGGGGAUCCCGGGAGAAUCACGAACAUCAGACAUCAUAUCAGUUGCUACGUUAUCACAGGAGAAACUAGUGCCAGUGGGUGCACGGCCGAUUGAAUGCUUGGAACUUCCUCAGACUUAUCUGGUUCGAGACCAGAAAGUGAAGCUUAGCUUAGAGCGGCCUGUGAUAAGAGCAGAGAAAGCUGCCAAGAUUGAUGUUAAUGGGGCUCAAUAUGAGAAUGGUCUCUUCUCAAGUUCCUUAUCAGAAAUAUUCACUAAGAAGUUGCGAUUGUCAGUAAAUGAUGUUCUAGUUAGACACUCUGUUGACUCUGUUGCCUCCCACUACGAGGAAGAGGAGCCAUUUGAAUCCCUCAAAGAAAUUGAGGCCCAAACCAUUGGCAACCUCCUUCCUGAUGACGAUGAUUUGCUUUCUGGGGUAAUUGAUAAGAUUGAGUAUAUUGCUCAACCCAAUAGUGAGAAUGACAUAGAAGAUUUUGAUCUGUUCAGUAGUGGUGGAGGUAUGGAACUGGAGGGAGAUGAUGGUUCCUCUGCGGCCCAAAGGAACUCUGAUUUUUCUGGCGGAAUUUCGAACUGUCAGCCGGCGGGAUCUAAUAGUUCUAUUGCUGGGGAACACCCUUAUGGAGAACAUCCGUCAAGAACACUUUUUGUUAGAAAUAUCAGUAGCAAUGUUGAAGACUCUGAGUUGAAGGCUUUAUUUGGGCAAUAUGGAGACAUCCGUACUCUUUAUACAUCCUGCAAGCAACGUGGUUUUGUUAUGAUUUCUUAUUAUGAUAUAAGAGCAGCACGCAAUGCAAUGAGAGCACUUCAAAACAAGCCAUUGAGACUCAGGAAGCUUGACAUACACUUCUCAAUUCCAAAGGAUAACCCAUCUGAGAAAGAUAUUAACCAGGGUACUCUGGUGGUGUUCAACUUAGAUUCGUCUGUUUCGAAUGAUGAUCUUUGUCAGAUUUUUGGUGCUUAUGGAGAAAUUAAGGAGAUCCGUGAAACUCCACAUAAGCACCACCACAAAUUUAUAGAGUUCUAUGAUGUUAGGGCUGCAGAAGCUGCACUUCGUGCAUUGAACAGAAGUGAUAUUGCAGGGAAGUGUAUCAAGCUUGAGCCAAGCCGCCCUGGUGGGGCAAGACAUUUGAUGCAACAAUUUUCUCCAGAGCUAGAGCAAGAAGAAUCCAUUGAAUGUCAGCAACAGGGCAGCCGUCCUAAUAUUUCACCAUCAGGUUGCUUUCUACCAGUUCCACGUGGAGCAAUUGCAUCUACCUGCAUAAAAAAUGGAGCGAUCCAUGGUCCGAACACCACAAUUCGACCACCUAUGAGUCCAUUUAUUGAAAAUGCAUUGCACCGUGGAAUCUCUUCUAGUGUACGAAAUACAAUUCCAUCCCCAGUGAGAGUUUUAUCAGUUGGUAAUCAAUCUGGUCUAGGUGAGCCCAGCCACUCAUUUGCGCCAAUGAAGUUUGGUUACCAAGGCAUCCAAAUGUAUCCCCAUUCACUUCCUGAUUAUCAUAAUGGGUUAGCUUGUAGCAUGCCCUACAAUUCUCAUGGCACCAUGGCAGCGAAUAUCAAUCCCGGACCUUCAGAAGGAAUUGGUAACAGACACAUCCACAGAAUAGGCUCAAAUGGGCAUUCAGUUGAACUUAAUGAAGGUGUGUUUGGUUCUUCUGGAAAUGGAAGCUGCCCACUUCGUGGAUUUCAUAAUAUGUGGAGUAAUUCCAGCUCAUAUCACCCUCAUCCUCCGGCACCUGUGAUGUGGCCAAACUCAUCUUCAUUUGUCAAUGAUGUUAAUGUUCAUUCCUCAGCACAACUGCAUGGAGUUGCAAGAUCACCUUCUAAUAUGAUGAACACAAAUCUACCCAUAUAUUACCACCACCAUGUGGGCUCAGCGCCAGCAGUCAAUCACUCCCUUUGGGAAAGGCGACAUACCUAUGCAGGAGAGUCUCCUGAUGGGUCCAGUUUCCAUUCAGGUUCUCUUGGGAGUAUGGUGUUUUCUGGUAGCUCUAACUUGCAUCCUUUGGAACUUGCUUCUCAUAACGUGUUUCAUGUUGGUGGCAACUGUAUGGACCCAUCAUUUCCUUCAACUAGUGUUGGAAUGCACUCUCCUCAGCAGCAAUGCCACAUGUUUCCUAUUCGAAACCCUAUGGUUCCCAUGCCGAGCUCAUUUGAUGCUCCUAAUGGGCGGAUUCGGAGCCGUAGGAGUGAAGGUGGAUCCAGUCAGAUAGACAACAAGAAACAGUAUGAACUCGAUAUUGAUCGAAUAGUGUGUGGGGAAGACACCCGAACAACUCUUAUGAUAAAGAACAUUCCUAACAAGUACACUUCGAAGAUGCUUUUGGCUGCAAUUGAUGAACACCAACGAGGAACUUACGAUUUCAUUUAUUUGCCAAUUGAUUUCAAGAAUAAGUGCAAUGUGGGUUAUGCUUUCAUCAACAUGAUUGAUUCUCUGCACAUUAUUCCUUUCUAUCAGGCAUUCAAUGGUAAAAAAUGGGAGAAGUUCAAUAGUGAAAAGGUGGCAUCACUUGCAUAUGCUCGUAUCCAGGGAAAAGCUGCUCUUAUUGCCCAUUUCCAGAAUUCAAGCUUGAUGAAUGAAGAUAAACGAUGCCGUCCUAUUCUGUUUCAUUCUGAUGGUCCAAAUGCAGGUGAUCAGGAGCCCUUCCCUUUGGGGAUCAAUAUCCGUUCAAGGCCUAGCAAGUCACGGACCAGUGGUAAUGAGGAGAAUCAUGAAGAGAGCCCAUCAACCUCUGUAAAUGGAGAGGAAUCUUCCAAUGGAAUAGACGCUUCUUCGGGUUCUGCCAAGGACUUGGAGUGAGCAAGCCUCCUUUUCCUGGCACUAACCUUAAAGAAUCAAAAUCAAGUAAUAUGAACAUCAUCUCCAGUUUCUAGUAAUUAAAUAUCAAGGGAUUGAUGAGGGAUUCUUUCCAAGUUUUGAUACCAGAUUGCGUAGCUGAACUGAGGAAUUUUUCUUUCUCCCCCUUUCCCUUGUUUUUGUUAUUUUAAGAUUGUAAUAUUGAGGUUGACAAUGUGGGUAGGGAAGGCACAACAGAGAUGUGCUCAAGAUUUUGGAUUAUAAAGAGUGAUUGAAAGUGUA